AUGGUCACCAUCGACAAGUUCACAAAAUGGGUGGAGGUCGAGCCCGUGCGAGCCAUAACUGCACAGGCAGCCGUCAAGUUCAUCAAGGGGAUUGUUUGCUGCUUCGGUGUGCCUAACAGCAUUAUCACCGAUUUGGGAUCGCAAUUCACAAGCGGACUCUUCAUGGCAUACUGCAGCAACUUGGGCACCAAAAUCUGCUACGCUUCCGUGGCACACCCCCGUAGCAACGGGCAGGUGGAAUGGGUCAACGCAGAGGUGCUCAGAGGAUUGAAGACCAAGACCUUUGACAGGUUCAAAGGAAGUGGAAAAAACUGGAUCGAGGAACUCCCGACUGUGUUGUGGUCCUUGCGCACCAUGCCCAAUCGUGUCACCAGAGAAACACCUUUCUCCCUGGUGUAUGGAGCUAAAGCAAUGCUGCCCUCGGAGAUCAAGUACAGAUCUCCUCCAGUGCGCGCCUUCGUCGAGGAAGUGCAGCGCUAG